CAACAAUUGCACGAGAAGAGUCACACACCAACUCCCAAAUCCCGGCCAUAUAAUCCCACAUGUACGAAUCAAUCUAUCUGAUCUCUGGGAAUAUGCAGCAUUCGAGUCGCUGGAAUCUCUUCUCUGAUUAUCCAGGUAAAGUCCUGUCGCCAAAUGGCAAUGAACCGGUGGCCAGCGAAAACAAUUCAAACACCAUCCACUCUUCUUUAUCGAGAAGAAGAUGCUGUUCCAAUUGAGGACGCUGGUCUGAGAGUAUACGGUUACACUUGAUCUGGAUAAUGCCAGCGAAAGAAUCAUGCUUCCUCAUUUCCUAUGCUCAAUUAAGAUGCGCAAGAACUGAUAAGCAAGCAGAAUGGCCUCCGUCGACGAAACGGUAACAGACAUAGAGAAGGGAACCGCUCUCAAUCCCUCUACUUCUCGAAUCGAAGAACCUGCCGAGAAAGACGUUUUCACCGAACCUGAUGCAGCAGUAGAUAUCGACGAGCCUCUUCCGUCCGAUAACAAUGCUAUACAGUGGCUAAAACGAUUCGAGCACUUCGUGGGUCUCGAAGCUCGUGGCAUACACCGAGUACACUCCAGUGAACAAUCUACCAAGACUACACUGAGCUUUCUGAGCAUUGUGGUUUUGUGGUUCUCAAUCAAUACGGCGCCGCAGAAUAUCACGCUUGCGAGUAUCGGGCAGGAAGUAUAUGGGUUAGGAUUCGUGGAUGCUACGUUGUGUAGUGUAUUUGGUGCUGUGCUUGGGAGUAUACCUGUGGCUUAUACGGCUGGAUGGGGACCGUGGAGUGGAAAUCGGACUAUGAUAUGUGCCAGAUUCUCCAUGGGUUGGUGGCCUGUCAAGAUCUGUGUAUUGCUGAACUUGGUUAUUUUGAUCGGGUACUCCAUGAUCGAUGCUGUUGUGGCAGGGCAAAUGCUUUCUGCCGUAUCCCCGAAUGGCAGUUUGACAGUUGAGGUUGGUAUUAUAAUCAGUGCUAUUGUCACUUGGGUUGUCACCACCUUUGGCAUCAAGAUUUUUCAUCACUAUGAGAGAUAUGCUUGGAUACCGUCUACCUUCGUUCUUCUUAUUUUAGCUGGUUCAGCAGGUACCAAGUUCGACACAACUACCCCAUCCACUGUAUCUGGAGCAACAUUGGCUGGGAACCGCCUCACUUUCUUUUCGAUCUGUUUAAGUGCAGCAAUUACCUAUGCCCCAGGAGCCGCCGAUUUUCUUGUCUAUUGCGACCCCAAAAUCGCCAAUCGUUGGAAGGUCUUCUUUGCAACUCUGAUCGGCUUAUCUUUUUCUUUCACUUUUACCUUCUGUUUGGGUACGGGCUUGGCCUCAGGACUACAAAAUGACCCUACCUGGGAAGCUGCAGGUGCAGGUUCAGGCGCGCUGAUCGUUGCUGGAUUUGAUGGCCUGGGAGGAUUUGGCAAGUUCUGCUCGGUGAUCUCUGCUUUAAGUUUAAUUGCAAAUAUGGUUGCGCCAACGUAUGUUUCUGGCAUCAAUUUCCAGAUCCUAGGAAGAUAUCCGGCAAUGGUUCCAAGAUAUAUCUGGAACACGGUCGCUGUCAUCAUAUUUGCUGCGUGUGCUUUAGCAGGAAGAGAUCACCUGAGUGCCAUCUUCACCAACUUUUUGGCAUUGAUGGGCUAUUGGGUCGUUCUUUGGAUUGCAAUCACAUUGGAGGAAGAAUUCAUCUUUCGUCGAAGGAUGAAGCCCAGUUUUGUUUGGAGUGACUGGAAUAAAGAGAGCAGAUUACCAAUUGGUAUUGCUGCCAUGAUAGCAUUCUGCAUUGGCUGGGCAGGAGCUGUGCUCUGUAUGGCACAAUUUUAUUUCAUUGGCCCACUGGCCAAACUUGUUGGUGACUAUGGCGGGGAUAUGGGGAAUUAUGUGGGGUUUGCUUGGGCUGCUCUGGUCUAUCCGCCUUUGAGAUGGUGGGAGUUGAGAAUGUUUGGGAGAUAAGAUGCUUUUGGAUUGAUAAUGUCGGUUCUGGCAGAAAAUCUUUCAGGCGGAGGGCUGUCCGAGGGGAUCUAGCAGUUCCUUUGAGUGGUAUAGAAACCAAUUGCUGAUAUUUUGAGAGAUAAUGAAAACUCUUACUAGGGUAGGCAGUCCCAC